AUCCCAAUAUGCUGCAAACCUCCAAACCAGAUUCCCCCGAGUCCGGUGAUUCUCUUCCAGAAUGGUCAGGCUUGCAAGUCAAACUCCGAUUUAGCCCCACAUACGUUGAGGCCCAUCAAGGUGAAGAUGAGUUUGAAUCCGUGAACAUCGACAUCCUCACAUGGACGGCCAUCAUUUCUGCCGGAAUUGGAAAGCUCUACGGCAUUGUGGGACAGGCGUUGUACUUCAAGGUCGAGGAUCUUGGUGAUGGUCAUAGUUGCACUAUUCGGGUGAUGAAAGAAGAUGAAAAGCAGUUUUUGAACAGUUUUUUCAGCCACAAGUUCAAACUAAACAGCUUCUACGGAGGUUCUGUGGAUGCAGAAACGUAUGUGGUUCACCUACAGACCAUCCCGCUUGGUGUACCAGAAGAACCGUAUAUAUAGACUCGAAAUCAGAGAAUUACAUAGAUUGUACAAUAGAAACAAUAGCAAUAACGAGUCCUGAGAACCAUAUGCUACCAAUACGGGCGUAGGAACGCAACUUUGACUUGGUCAGAGUUAAUUCCAGUAUUACAUUCACCUUUGAACUGCUGUAAAUAGUUUCGGCAGCG